GCCCAUCACCUUUAUCGCAUGACGUAACCGAACCUCUCCCUCUAAAUCCUAACCCACACUCUAAAUUUUCUCUGCAAAAAAACCUAACUGCUCUGCUACUCUCUACCACCAAGCGCAUUUAGUGUCUUUGUCCAUGACUUCUCGCGCUCCGAUCACCUUCCGCCACAUCGUAACCAGACCUCCUUCCAGCCCCUCUGAGAGAUCUUUGCAGACCUUCCCUCCCGAGAGACACUCCGACCUCGUUCGGAGGCGAGGUGGCCGUAUAUCUGUGCCCGGGAAUUUGACCUUACCAACGACGGAGAUUCGUAAUGGAUCGCAAAAGCUGACGAAGUUGCUGCUGAAUGUGAAUAUAGAGAGAAGUUUAGGGCCAGUGCAGGUUAUUAUGGCGCCGGAUAAUAUGGUGAAGGAUUUGAUAAAGGCGGCGAUUGAGAUUUACGCGAGGGAGAAGAGGAGGCCUCUUUUGAAAGAAACUAAUCCUGAUGGUUUUCAGCUUCACUACUCCCAGUUCAGCUUGGAAAGUUUGAAGGCAGAGGAGAAGUUGAUAAACUUGGGAUCUAGGAAUUUCUUCUUGUGCUCAAAGCCUUCAUCAGCAGUAAAAUGUGGCUGCUCCAAGCAACCAAAAAUGCUCUUUCACCAGGUUAAUUAAAGCAUAAAUGAGUUAGCAGAUGCAUGGAAUGGUCCUCUUCUUUCAAUCACCAAAAGUUUCCUCUUCUUUGAAGCUGAGGAGAAUACUAUGACGGGCCGGAAUGCCCCAUCUUGGGCUCAUAUUGGACGACGAAUCGUCUGUGUCCAAAACUUAUAGAGAGAGAGAGUAGAGUGUGUGUGUGUUUUUUUUUUAAA